CAGCGCCGCAAUCUGGAUGGCGCAAUGAGGUGUUGCAACAGUACACACAUCAAGUCUCACGAGCCCUGCGGUGGAAAGUCACAGCAUAAAGAUUGCAGCCGGUCUAAUAACAAGACGUGACACAUCGUGACUGAGAGUUCGAGCUUGAGCUUACAUACCGACUUGGGGGCCUUUUGGCUAAAUUGUUGCGGCUUUGUGAUCCAAGUGCAGCCAAGAGCUUCAUUGCCACAUCGAAAUCAUGGCGACGCAAAGCCUAGUCGAUCCGACUCGCGAUGCUCUUUUCAACUAUGACUCCGCCGAGCAGAAACAAAUUUCAUCAGUCAAGCCAUGGAAAUCAGACCCCCAUCACUUCAAGUAUGUACGAAUUUCGGCAGUGGCUCUUGUAAAGAUGGUCACACACGCAAGAUCUGGUGGGGAUCUGGAAGUCAUGGGCUUGAUGCUCGGUCACGUAGAUCAUGAAACAUUCAUCAUCACAGACGCUGUACGAUUACCAGUCGAAGGUACCGAAACUCGAGUCAAUGCCCAAGAUGAGGCCAACGAAUACAUCGUCAAGUUCUUGGAAAUGUCGAGACAAAAUGGACAGCUGGAGAAUGCGGUGGGUUGGUACCAUAGUCAUCCGGGCUAUGGCUGCUGGUUGUCUGGUAUUGACGUCGGCACGCAACAUGCGCAACAGCAAUUUACUGAUCCGUUUGUGGCCGUCGUCAUCGAUCCGCAUCGAACGAUCAGUGCUGAAAAGGUGGACAUCGGCGCGUUCCGCACAUAUCCUGAAGGUUACAAGCCCGAUACGUCCGACGCAAUCGCGGACAGCACAGGCGCUGUUCCCAUGGCAAAAGCUCAAGACUUCGGCGCUCACGCCGACAGAUACUAUCCUCUAGAGGUUCUGCACUUCAAAUCUUCUCUCGAUAGCAAACUCCUGGAGGCGCUCGGGAACAAAUACUGGGUACAAACACUGUCGUCCUCCCCUCUUGACACAAAUCAAGAUUACGUGACAAAGCAGAUUGAAGAUUUAGCCGCAAAGACAAAAUUGGGCAAUGGCCGAGACGAGCAGUUGUCUAAGCUUGUCAGAGCCGCUGAAAAGAUCGCAAACGAAGAAAAGACGGGUAUCCUUGCUUCUGUGGUCAAAGAUCGAAUAUUUUCUGCCGAUGGUAGUGCUGUCCCGGUGGCCGAAGCCGAUACACAAAUGGCUGAGGCGAACCCGAGCUAA